UGACAACCAAAACUCAAUUGCUAUCCAGAAUCGCCUACUGCACCUUUAAGGGGCAGGUCCUCAUACAAUGCUGGAGCCAAGGCGAGUAUAACACUGGCAGAGAACUUCCUUUCUUCUCAUUGCAUCAUCAUGACUGGCAGAGGAAGACCACGCUCGAAAAAUAGUCAGGACACUAAGUGUACCACGAGUACAACUAGAGCUGCCGAGACACCAAAGGACAAUCUAAAGGCCAAAAAUGCAAAAAGAUGUGGUGGAAAGGCAAAAUCACCAGAGACAACCGAGAAGCAGCCUGCUGUAAAGGUCAAAUCACCCCAAAAAUUUGUGGAGGAAACAAAAAAGACGCAGCUAGAGAUGCCAAAAAGCACCAUGGAAGCAGAGGCCACAAAAGCAACAAAAUGUACUGACAAGACCAAAUCGGUAGAAGAAUUCACAGACAAGACAAAGAUGGCGCAACCACAAAAGUGUGAAGAUAAUGCUGCACUGAACACUCUCCUCCGUAAAACUCUGGAAGAACUGAAGAUUAAGAGGAACGACAGAGCAGAUGCUGCAAAAGUCGUUAAUGAACUAGUAAAAAAUAUAACCAUGCAUUUGAAGAAAAACUCUGAAUGCUUUAAAGAAGUAGAAGAGCCACUACCUACUGGAAGUUACUAUGAAAAUCUCAAGAUCUCCAGUCCAGAUGAAUUUGAUUUCAUGCUGCCCAUGCCUGUUAACCGAGUGACUAUCGAGCCAUUUGGAGACGAUGGAGCUUUUUACAGUGUGGCAUUAAAACGUGGUGGCAGCCCUCUGAAGAAAUUUGAAGAGAACAAUGUUUUAUCUGCCAGUAAAAUGCUCACGGAGUUCAGGGAAGAAGUGGUGAAGUGUGUCAAAGGAUUUAAAGGAACAGAAUGGAAGGUGACAAGAAAGAAAAAAGGCUGUCCUGCAGUGACCCUGAACACAGAACUACAAUCAAUCACCAUUUCAGUGGAUGUUGUUCUGUGUCUCGUGGUUAAAUCAAGCUGGCCUGUUUUCACCAAGGAAGGCCUUAAAAUAGAGAGCUGGCUGGGAACCAAAGUAAAGCAGGAAUACAAGCGAAAGCCAUAUUAUCUCAUCCCGAAAUAUGAAGGCAGGGGCACAGUGGAAGUUGACGGGGUCCUUGCUAAAGAUAACUGGAGGAUUUCAUUCUCCCAUGUUGAGAAGGCCAUAUUGAAGAAUCACGGAUCAGAGAAGACAUGCUGCGAAAAGCAUGGAGCAAGCUGCUGCAGGAAGGACUGUUUGAAGCUCCUGAAGCACCUUCUCCAUCUGCUGAAGGAAAGGGACUCUUCAUUUGACAAGUUCUGUUCCUACCAUGCCAAGACGACUGUUUUACACGCCUGCGCCUCCAGAACUAAAGACAGCGAUUGGAGUGCCUCAACUCUGAGUCACUGUUUUCAGCUGCUCCUGAAGGAUUUUAUAGACCAUCUGGAAAAUGGCAGACUCAACAACUUCUUCGUUCCAAACCAGAACCUGCUUUCCAGUCCUGGACAAACACAAUGCAAAAAACUGGCUCGUUGCAUCAGGGAGGAAAGCGACAGGGGCUUUCCUAUUUUCAAGUGACAACUUCACAACAAACAUCAACGGUUUGGCUCCUCAUAGCAUUUUAAACAUUCCAGAAGUAAAAUUAGGGCAACCAAAUCCAGUGUAAUCAUGUAAACUAUUUAACUUGACACCUUCCAAAAAUUUUUUUCCCCAUGUUUACUUCAGCUUCCUCCCACAGUCCCAAAAACAUGCACAUGUGGUUGUGUCUUUGUGAGUCAGCCCUGCGACUGACUGGUGACCAGUCCCGGGUGAACCCACCUCUCGCCUGUAGUCAGCUGGGAUUGGCUCCAGCCCCCCCACAACCCUGACUGAUAAGUGGUAUAGAAAACAGAUGUAUCACACAGUAAAUAUGAAAGUUACCAAAAUAAUGAAAUAUACACAGAGUGUAAAAUCUCUUUAGUAUGUUUCUGUCCAGAUCAAGAAAUGACAAAACAUUCAGAAUGAUACUGCACUGCUGUGUCUGGUUUACAGACAAAAAAUCUGUCAAAAUUGUGCAUUUUUAAUGUUUUCAAAACAAGAUUACAACAGUAGAACUUCCUCUAAAUUACAACAGAUGAUAUAUCUAGCAAAACUUUUCAAAGAAAAAAAAAUUAAACUGAAACAUACAUUCAAAAGAAAUUACAAUCAGACCCUUGCUUGAC